CAACAUAAGAAUUUUUUGAUUUUAUUUUCGGAUUUAAGAUUAAUCUUUUUUGUAUUUUAAUUGUUCGACUAAAUUAGAUUUUUUCGAGUGUCAAUAAAUAAAUAAAUUUUAUGAAUAAAAUGGUUGGUUUAAUGGAUGAUCAAUAUAAAUUUCCAAUUGGUAGUAGAAUAAAAGUAAAUGAUGAUUUUGGAACUGUAAAAUAUGUUGGAAACGUUCAAGGUUACAAUGGUAUAUGGCUUGGUAUUGAGUGGGAUAAUUUUAGUAGAGGAAAACAUGAUGGUACUAUUAAUGGUAUUUAUUACUUUAGUACAAAAUAUCCUACAUCAGGGUCAAUGAUACGAAUACAUAAAAUUGAAAAAUUUGAAUCUCUCCAAGAAGCUGUUAGAAAAAAAUAUUUAUGUGAUGAAAAAAACCCUUUGGAUAAGAAGCUAAUACGAGAAGCCCAAAAACAAUUGCAUGCAAAUGUAUUUGAAAUUGUUGGUAUGGAAAAAAUUGCACAAAAACAAAGCAAAGUUGAAGAACUAAAUGAAAUCAGUGUUUCUAAUUCACCAAUCAAUUGUGCAGGCGAUUUACAUAAUUUUAAAAGAUUGUCAGGAUUGAAUAUAAGCUCAACUUUAAUAUGGAAUUGGAAUAUUGUAUCAGAUAUUGCAAAACAAGUACCAAGUUUAGAAGAUAUAAAUUUGAGUUCAAAUCGUUUCACUUUGCCGAAGGAAGAUGAAAUCAAUCGCUUAGAACCAAGUUUUAGAAAUAUAAAACAAAUUGUAUUGGGUAAAUUUGGUAUUAAAAAUUGGGAUGACUUAAUCACAAUAGCACACCUCUGGCCAAAUAUAGAAUCGUUAGGUUUACAAGAAAAUUAUUUUUCUAAUAUUUCUACUAUAGAUAAUAAUGUAAUAUUUAGAAAUUUAAAAAAAUUAGACUUAAAUCAAACAAAUCUAUCGGAUUUUAAUGAAAUCUUAAAACUUGGAAAUAUAAACUCAUUGGAAGUUCUAUUAUUAAUGGAAAAUAAUAUAGAAUUUAUAAAAUUACCAGAGUGUGAUCCAGAAAAGAAGAUAAACAUUUUCGAAAAUUUAAAAGAAAUAAACCUUUUACAUAACCCUAUAAAAGAUGAAGCUUCCACAUUCAAUGAAUUGGAUAAAUUAAAAUCUUUGUCGAGUGUUUGUAAAACGUCAGAUAAGAAAUCUGGCUUUGAUGAAAUGUUUUCAAUGGCUGUUGGUUUAAUAUCGAAUUUGCAAUUCUUGAAUAGAACUUUUAUUGAAAGAGAAAGCCGAAAAGGUGCUGAAUAUGACAUAUGGAAAAAAUAUGGAGAAGAAUGGCAGCAAUGUGAAGGCGACGAGAAAAAAAAGCUGGACUUUACAAAAAAAUAUAGAAAUUAUGGUAACUUAUUAAAAAAGUAUGGUUCUCCGGCAGAAUUUUUAAUAAAACCACAGAAAAAGCUGUCUAAUUUAAUUAAAAUUAAAAUUCAAUAUAAACCAAGUGGAGAACUUUGGGAAAAAAAACUUUUAAGAAAAUUAUCAUUGAAUACAUUACAAGGUUUAAUAAUGAAACAAUUUAAAUUGAAAUCAACACCCAAAAUGACAUAUAUUGAUAUAGAUCACAAAAACUUGGUAGUUGAACUCAAUAAUAUGUCGAAAACAUUAGAUUUUUAUUCAAUUAAAGACAAUGAUUUAAUAAUCGUUGAAUAAAAAACUUAAAGAAUUUAAAGUAUAAGGUAGACGCACUUGUAUCCGAACAAUUUAAACAUUAAGAUUUUUCUCAAAUUGGCAAUUACAUAUUUUCAAGGUUACAUACAUAUGUAUUUGCCCCCAAAAAUUUACGAAAUGCCCUUAUUGUACAUAAAAUUUUGAGAAAUUACGAUUUAUGCCACUAUCUCAGCACUAAAAUUUGGUCGCAAACUCUUUAAUUCUAGUAUCCGAACAUAGACAUUCUCUUGAAAUUUUAGUUUUUUUUUUCGUCACUAAAACAUGUUGAAAUGAAAAUAAAAGCAAUGUUUAUCCGAUAUCGUAACAGUAAAUGCUUAUCGCAAAAUAAGCAUUUACUGUUAUUGUUAAAAGUGAAUCUAUAAAUAAAAGUCAAAUACAUUUUUAUGGUCUUUUGUAGAUACAUGUAGAGCAGACAUGUCAAACUCAUCAUUUUGGGUUUUCGCACAUUGCUUCAGCCCGAACAAUAAAAAAAAACUUAAACUACUAACUAUACUCAAAUUUUCACUCAUAUUUUGUCAGUUACAUCACUCGAAGAAAAUUCUUAUUAAUAAAAAAUUUCAUUAUUAUUGAAAAGUAUUUUGGUUUUCAGUGUGAAAUUUCAAUUUUUGGAAAUGAUUUUAUGCCGGAAAACUCAAAACGUUUGAAUAACAACAUGAGUGUUUGAUUUCUAUUGUCAACUUAAAAAAAUAUAAAACGUACAAUACAGUCAUACAAAAAAAUAUAAAAUAAUUUUUUCAAAGAAAUUUGGCAACGUUUUUCUAUUAUUUCAAUCUUCGAAAUUUGGUUGAAUUUAAUUUGUAAUUGUAAUUUUUAAUAUUGAUUGAACAUGUUGUUCUGUUAAUUAUGAUCUUUCAGCCAUUUUAUUAUUUCUAAAUAUGGGAAACAAUUGUUCAUACACAAAUAUGUGUUUCCGAACUUUGCUAAAACACGCUUAAUUGAUUUAUGGGUAAAUAAUUAUAAAAUUUAGUAAUUUCCACAUUUCUAACCCUUGUUUCAAUACAGGUUAAUGUUUGUUGUAAAUUUGAAUCAAGUGUUUCAAUGUCAGCAGAAAAUGGAAAAGUAAAUGGUUAAAUUCAUUUUGACACCCAUUAAAAUCUAAAAAUCUUCUUUCCGAUUCGGUUGUUAAUAAUUUAUUCUAAUUAUAAUAUUCGGAAAAUUUCUAAUUUACUUAAAGACAGUAGAUCAUACUGUUUACAAAUAUAAGAAAAUCAAACUGGUUCAAAUAAAUAAAUAUUUGAUUUAUAAAAUAGUCGCUUUCCACUUCUCGAAACUGUGUAUUUCUCGCAUAUGCAUAUGUUUGGUCUUUGGAUGUGUGGCAAACCCUCCGCUGAACCUUCACUUUGGUUUAACACUUUUUAACAAAAUUAUAGGAAUUAAUAUCACAAUUUUCAAAAAUCGUAGCGGGCUGCAGAAUCAAGAGUUGUGGGCCGCGUGUUUGACAUGCCUGCUGUAGAAAAUUAGCCGUAGUUUGCACACUACUACGCCUAUAUAAAUUUAGAUAAAUAAUUAUAUUCCUGAGAGCAUAGAAUAUAAAACUGAGUUAUGUCUAAAAACAUUAGUGCAAUACAUUAAAAAUUUUUUUAGGGUUUCAUUUUUGGAAAGGUUUAAUGACGAAUUUCUUAUAAUAAAAAGAAUAUAGUGUUCGGCCACUAGUGCCUCUACCCUACUGCGUUUAUUUUGCCGAUACUGCAAAAUUAGAUUAAUAUCAAGUAUUUAAUAAAUUAAAAAUAUUUAAUUAUUUCGCAAAAAUGCAUUUAAAUUAUUUACCACACUGUUUUUUUUUAUACAAUGAAAUGAACUUCAAGAUUAUAAUAAAAUUGUACGUUAAA